AUGGCGAACUCUUCCAACCCUGCUCACAAGGCUGGCGUCGCCAGGACCGGUCUCGUCUGGGGUAUCAACCGUGGACACGUCACCGAGCGACGAGUCCUCGCUCCUCGCCCUGCCAACCGCAAGGGCCGCAAGAGCGAGCGUGUCGAGGUCAUCCGCUCCGUCAUCCGCGAGGUUGCCGGUUUCGCUCCCUACGAGAGGAGGGCGAUGGAGCUCAUCAGGAACUCGAAGGACAAGCGUGCGCGCAAGUUCAUCAAGCGCCGUGUCGGUACCCUCCGACGUGCCAAGAGCAAGAUGGAGGCUCUCACUGCCGUCAUCGCCGAGCAGCGCCGCGCCGGCCACUAA